AUGAAUGCCAACAAGAGCGGAGGAAAUUCGACGACGGCUUCUGUCUAUCGGUUGAUACAGAGUCCGGCUCCGAUAUGUAUGUUCUAUUUCGCGCACCCGUUCGGGAUUGCCUCGCCAGCCAGUGGAGCCAAACUGGCGCAGAUCCGAGACCGCGCCACCAAGGGCAAGGCAAGUUCGCCGUUAGCUGUUGCAUCCGAACACGGUACAAAGCCAGCAAAAACGGGACAGUGUCGGCGUCACAAAUCACAGACCGGCAAAGAGCCGUCGGUCAAGGUGCAUCGCAAAUUGAACGGUUAUUCGUGCAGUCGAAAGACGGAAGCGAGGCUGCAGGAACCGGAAGCUGUACUGUCCAAAGUGUCGGUGCGAAAGAGUAAAAAGCAUCGGAAGCAUCGCCGGAUUAGUAAUUUCGAAAAGUUCUUGCUCGAAAUACAGGACACGUGCGGUGGUACGUUGUCAAAAAUCCGCCGAAUUGAUCAGGAAAACCGCAUAACACGGCUCGUACCGUGGCCGAGCAUCAUCUGGAACCGGGACUUUCUGAUGCCCCCGUUGCUGCAAGCCCUAGCCCUACAGCAUGGUCGCGAGAUACCAGAUAUCGAGCAGAUUCUGCGAACUGUUCGUUCAGCCUGGAACACACCGAAGUCGCAACGUUCAAACCUUCGGAGUCAAGACAGCCGCGAGUCGUCCUCAUCGAACUGGGACCUAUCGAGCACGUGCGAUAGUUAUUGCUGCUACCAGAACCACAGGAUGGGAGCCGGAACGUAUGCGAACGCGGCUAGUCCCGGACCGGGGCUGCUCCGACGGCGCUAUUCGGUGCCGGAGAUUAUUAUGCGCAAACACACGCUGGCGCAGCAGAAAUCCGGCGACGAGCCGCUACUGCUGCACGACACCAACCACAACGUGAUCGAUGUGGUCAACAAGAACGUCCUGUUGGGCGCGGGGCGAGUCGGACGGUUCGCGGGGGGCUCGCUCACGUCGUCGUACCGGAAGUCGGGGCCGGGCGGAAUGCGACGGGCGGCGCUGAGCCGCACGGAGCCGGGCACGCGAAGUAGCAGCGUCGAGAGUGGCAUCGCCGGAACGACCUCGCACGAGUGGACCGGGACCGCCGCCGCACUCCUCGCCGGGGCCUCGGGCGGUUCGGACCCGAACCUGACGGUCUCACUCAAACAUCCACAGCCCCAGCGGUCCCAGGGAGUCCUGUGCAAUGGGCUCGGGUCGAGCCGGGCGGCGCUGGCCACCGGAGGCACCGGAGGUAGUUUGCGAUGUAUCAACAAUAACUCUCUCCUCACGGGUAGUAGCUCUAGCGUCAACGGUCUGGUUGCGUGUGGGACGCCCACUGGCGGCGCCGCCGUUGCUGGUGUUGGUAGUGCGGCGCUCGUCGGUAUUGGCUGUGGUCACCACCACGUUCUGGCUUCGGGUUCCGGUGGUAUUGGUUUCGCGUUUCGUGAUGUCGGCGGCGGCGGUGGUGGCGGAGGCGACUAUUCGAUGCGGAAAACGACGCUCCUGCGGCGGAUGUGGAGCCGCGAGUUGCGGCGUUACGAACGCUCCGGCAGCUGGUCUCCCCCGUUGCGCCGAGCACCACGCCGCAUCUACAGCGUGGAGAGUAUGGUGCCCGCGACGCCACCGGAACCGGGUGGCAGGGUUCGGCGGCCGUCGAGCAGUGGUAGCAGCUGUACCACCGGCAGCAGCAACGCCAGCAGCGCAGCCGCUCGCGAUUGCGGGACGGCGACGACGGGAACUACGACGGCCUCGUGCCUGGAGUGUGCCCAGCUCGAGCGCCAGUACCUCGGUGGCUACGCCGCGGACCGGACGCAGGUCUCUCAGUGCGCUAGUGACGGUGACGCGAACGGUGACGGUGAAGAAGACGGAACGACCGAUCCGACGGUCGAUGACCGACGGCGGCGGCGAGCGCGCCGGAUGUGUUCCUCGCAGGCGGCCGAUCUCGGCGAAUCGCAGCAGCAGCAGGCCGUGGUGUCGGGAACCGUUUCCGGUCCGGCGCUCGGAAGCAGCGGUGGGAGUAGUGUGGUGAUCGAGCUUGACGACGAGGCGCCGGACGAUCUGUCGGCAGCCAGCAGUUCCGUCUCGUCGGAAGCAUCGUUUCGUGAGGUCCGACCGGCGGCCGGCGAGGCUGAACUGAGUGAGUUCCUGCAGCAGGAGCGACUGCAGGAGCGGCUGCAGGAGGCUUCCGGUCGGGAUGGGGAUGGCGGGUCGGACAGUGCGGUUGGUGGGCAAACUGGUCGUCUCGGCGCUGGUCGUUCUGGUGCUGGCGAUCAUUCUGGAGAACGUGCUCCGGUUGAUGGUGGCUCUGCAGGAGCAGGGCCGACUGGAACGGAGGCAGCCGUAGGUGUAGGUCAGCGCAGUGAAGACGACGAGGAAGAGGACGACGCCAGUAGUGUCGGUGCACUCAGUGCCCUCUCGGACUCCUCGGACAGUAGUGAUACGGGCGCUAGCGAGGCAGAACCUUCCACCGGGCGGGAGGAACCCAGAGGCGACGGGGCCAACGGGGGUGAACUGGAUCAGUACAUCGCGAGUCUGUUGCUGGAGAACUUGGAGUCGGCUCCGGAGGAGCCGACCCCAGACGGAGGUCCCGAUCCGGAUCGGCAGAACAACAACGAGGGCACGGCGCCGGCUACGUCUUCGGACGAGCCUGGACUGGGCCGGGCCACGACACCGUUGGCCGCCGGGAUGAAGCAGAAGCUGACCGGCAAGUAUAUCGGUGGCGGCGGUGGUGUGGUCUGCAACUCGCCACCGUCCGACAAGCGGAAAGCGGCCUGCUCCCCGGCGGCCGUGGACAAGGAGAACGCGGAAGAUGUGGCGAACAACAACAACAACGCGGCCAGCAAACGCGAGGAGAGGGAACCGGCUGGAAAUCGGAACCGGCAGCGAAAACAGAAGGAAGCGGCGACGGCGGCGGCGUCUCUGGAGGCGCUGGAAGCGGUCAUCCGGCAUCCGGGCGGGCAGAAGCGCCGCUCGAAGGGCAACGGGUUCUACCUGACGCAGCAGCGCGGUGCAGGGCGCGACGCGAGUCAGAUCGACCUGAACGGGAAGUACUACUUCCCGGCGUACGGACUCGAAACGGACCCGUCCGACAACACGGACGUGGCGUCGGAACCGGAACCCCAGGUCCUCGGUAAGGUGGGCACGGGCUCGACGUACGGCGGCGAGCUGGCCGCCCUGGCAAGGUCCGUGGUGGUGCCCCGGUUCUCCGCCAUGCCGCGCACCGAAUCGAUGGAGGUGCAACCAUCCACGUCGGCCGAGGACGAGGACCGGGCUGGGGCCGGGUCCGAUUCGGACGAUGACGACGACAGUCUUGUCGACAGUCUGGACGGGUUCCAGUCGAUGGGUGGUCCCGCGACGACUCCACGAAAGCGAAAGGAUGCGGCGGCCACGACGGCCACGACGGAUUCCCAGACAAGCCCGCCAACCGACCGGUCACCGCGGCACGAAAAGGGCGAGGCGUUCUUCGUCCCGAUCCAGGACAGCGGGCGCGCCAAGCAGAUCGACGAACGCGUCGUGGCCGACACGAUGCCGCUGCGGAUGAAGGAGCGGCUCAACAACCGGCGCCGGAUGAUGAAAUGGAAGCAGGAACAGGAGAGCCUGAAGAAGCAGCGCAAGAUGAUGCGGAUGAUCGAGCAGAAGCGGUUCUACGGGGCGCCCGCCAUCCAGGUGAUCAGCACGAUCGACAAAGCGAUCAGCCGCAAGGAGUACCUGUCACCCGCCGGCCGGAAGACCGUUUUUGGCGCCCGGUCCGGGGAGGCCGGUGAUGCCGGUGGUCCCACUCCGUUCCGGGCGAUGAAGCCGAAGAAGCGAACGAGUGACGGGGCCGCUGGACUCCGGUCCGGGCUCGGUAUGCUGGAGUCGUACAAGAUUGACGGAAAGGGCAACAUGCAAAUACAGACCCCGGCCAGUGGUGGUGGCGGGGGCGGAGGCGGAUCGGCUCCGAGUGGUCGGCGACCGGCGGCUGCGGCGCCGGCCGCCAAGAGUCCUUGGGGAACGUCAGCCGAACGGCGACCGACGGGAGGGAAAUCCACGUCCACUGCGCCGACAACGGCGACCUCCACGUUGCCCUCGUCCAAGGGUCGUCCUGGAGGCGGUCGGACACCGGCGGCAGACGUGCGCCGGAAGCAAGUGCUGAAGGACGUCCAACAGAUGCAGUUGUAUCCGCAGGCGGACCUAACGCCCGACAUCGAGGGAGGCCCCCGGAGAGUGUACCAGAAGACGGAGAUCCAGGAGGGCGACAAGCACAUCGAGAUCCUAGAGAUUGUCGAGUGCGCGGACAGUGCCCCGCGUUCCCGCCCCGCCGGCCGGCCAGUGGUGCGUGUUCGCAGUGCCGGACGCCACGGCGGAACCUCGUCCGCCGCCGCCGCCGCCAACAGGAACAAUUCGCGCAUCCCGGUUCCGGUGUACCGGUUCGGGCACUUCCGGCGCAGCAAUCAGUCGCGCGACGGCAGCCCGCUGGCGGGUGGCAUCAACCCGAAGGUGGACCGAAUGAUUGCCGACCUGCUGCUGGAGGCGCUCUCCAAUCCGGACGAGAUGGGCAUCAAGUUCGUGAAGACGCCCGAAAAUCUCCGCGCCGAGUCCGCCGGUCGAUCCUCCAAAGGCGGGGCGGGCUCCAAAAAGAAGGCCACGACGGCCAGCUCGUCGUCGUCGGUGGCGGCCAGUAGCGCCGCCAACACGCUAACUCCUCGCCGUACCGCCAGCGGCCGGUACAAACAAAAGUUCGAGAUGAUCCCUGAGGAGCGGUCCAGCGUGUCGGUCGGCUCGUCGACGGAGGAACUGUCGGCGUCAUCGUCGCUGGGCCGCGCCAAGAAGGCACAGGCUUCACCGCGACGUGUCAGCUUCGACGAGAACUACCAGAUCUUGAACGUGGACGAACUGGGGGCGAGUGCACCACCAGCAAGCUGUCCGCCCGCCAAGCUGUCGGUGCCGAGUCCCUCGAAGCAACCGAAGCAACCUGCCCUACCGUCGCCAUCGCCUGCCGCUUCGCCCCGGAAGGGCGUCCCCGCCGGGGUGCCGAAAAGUCCACACAAAGCCACGCAGUCCCGCAAACCCGUGGCCACAGCCAAUGCCCACGGGUCGAACAGUACCACCACCACCACCAGCCGCGGCAAGGCGGCCAUCCAGAGUGACGUCAUCGAGGAGCGGGGAUGGAUUGGGUUCAGCACCCAGCACGAGGAUAUGGCCACCCCGGUCAACGGGCAGGAAGACGAAGACACGGAAUCGUUCGUUACGGACAGCCUCAACACGAAACCGUCGCCCCCGAUGCACUGCUGCACCGCCCACCAGCUACUGUUCGGCGGCAGCGGAACGCCAAUGGCCGGCACCGUUGUCGAAAGUCGGCCAGCGAUUGGACCGUGCCACCGAUCCUCAGGGCACACCUUGCUGAACGCCACGGCCACGGAUUCGGUCAAAGAGAUACGCGAGGAGAAUGCUUGGCACGUGUACCAAACGGCGGACUGUAAGGUGAUCCAGUCGAAGAUAGAGUACUACGAAACGACGUCCAUCCACCGGACGCCGGUGACCGCGGGAAGUCAGCAUCAUCACCACCAUCAGAGCUACACCGGCGCCGCCGGGGAUCUCUUUGGGCCGCUCGUUGAGCACGCCCCAAGUCCGGACUCGUUCCGGCACGGUCUGUCGACGGCCGACUCACUGGAAGCUGCCCAGCACCAGCAGCACCAACAGCUGAUGGCUAGUCUGCGCACGGCGCACGGUCGCACUGCUCGAUCCAGCACCAGUGUCGAGCCACCGAAAACGUCCGAAACAACGUGCAGCUCGUGCUGUUUCUGCAACCCGGAGCUGCACCGGGCAACCGGCACCGGCAGCGUUCGGAUCGCACCCGAAACCUGUUUCUACUGUCACGCGAAGUCACAAUCACCCCACAAGAGCUUUCCGGCGCCACCGACGCCCCCCAACAUACAGACCUCACCCGUGCCGCCCUCGCCGCAGACUCCGAUAGCGGAACUGACGCCAACGCCUUCCCUGCCGGAGAUAACGCUCCCGGAAAAGCGAAAACCGCCGCCAGUGGCGUCGGAGUCCCGGACGGAUAGCCUCAAGGGAUCCACCGUCACUUCGACGACCGCCUCCAAGUCGAUGGAGAGCAACGGCGGAAGUGUGAUGGCGGAAGCGACCAAAAAGACUGAGCACACGAAACUCGCGAAAGCCAAAGCUUCCGACACAAUCAGUACGCGGGGCAACGGGAGGCCAAGCGAGAAGCCGAAACGAUCGCACCCGCCGGUCGGUGCCUCAGGUAGUUCCACCGCUCAGACCAUCGCCUCAUCGACCGCGCCCAGUAUGGCCGACACGGGCCAGAAGUCGACACCGAAGUUGGGGCGCAAAAAGUCGGAAGCGGUGUGCAAUGGCGGCGUGCUAAAUCGACCGAAGCACACCAACCAGCUGGUGCGCGCCUCAACCGUGGUGCACUCGGUGCAGAAGGAGGUCAAGAAUGAGCUGAAGGCACCGCUCAAGGCGCUGCUCCCGAAGACGGCCAAGGAGCUGAACAAUCGGAGGGAAAAGGAGCGCCAGAUUGGGCUCAGUUUGCCGCUCGGUACGGAGCAAAAGGUACCGAAAUCCCGCACCACAAACGGUCAGAAAGGGGCGCUGGUACCACCCGCUCCAUCGGUAACGGUUCCGGUGAUCCCGGCGAUGGUACACUCCGUUACCGCGGUGAUGGUCGAUGAUCGAUGUGGAUCGGAUUCGCAGAGCUACGACGAGGCAAGCAGCAGCGCGAGCAGCACACCGGACACCAGUCCCAACUCAAGCCCAUUCAAGAAGGCCACCGGACUGAACGGGCCGCCAGCCGCUGCGCGCUGGAAGACCAACAGUGAGCGGAACCUGUCGCAGCUGUCCAUCCAGAAGAUGGUCAGCGCCAGCAAGUGGGGCAACAAGUGGCGUAAGGGGACGACCGACCGGCAGGACGAUGAAGAGGAGCACGGACACGGGCGGGACAGGGCGGCGGCCCUGAAAGGUGCCGUCGCCGGCGGAAGUUGCAGCGAUCUUAGUCCGCUCAAGACCUUCACCGGUAGCGAAACGGUAGGGUUUGCGCUAGGCGAUGCCAGCGCCGCUGCGGGUGGUAGGUCCGGCGGUGGUGGUGUGGUACCAUCGGCGGACACAAUGACAACGGCUGGACCAAGCAUCAUCAAUGGCAUCACGCAAACGGCCACCAACCAAGGUUGGACGGUGACGGUGGCGGGUAACUACAAUCCGGAAAUGGCGCCCGACGUCGAAAUGAGGUUAAGCUUCCCGAAGGGUAGUUCGACGACGGCGACGACGGGGGCCAGCAACGCCCUAACGGGCGGUGGUAGUGGCGGCAAAUCGCUGAUGAGCAGUUCGGCGGCAACCACAACCCAUCUACAACACGAUACCUCUAGCACAGGCUACCCGCAGGCGCCGGGACGCCAACGGCAGUACAUGGAGAAUGGUCACGGUGGAGCGCGAGGUCGCGAAAACUAUGGCGUCCUUGAGCAUGGUGAUGGUCUGGGUUAUCUGGGUGGCGGUAGCAGAAACGCAUCGCGAGCGGCGGCACUUCCGCCACCGGUCGGGCUGAAUCCCAAGCGCAGUCUGACACGUUCCGACGGAACAGGACCCGGUGGCGGCGGCAACACCGCCAAGGACUAUCGUCUUCCAAAUGUUGGCCCAGCGCACAACGUUUUGGCAAGACCGACGGCGAAGAAGGCUAUCAAGACGGUGGAGUGUAGUGUCGUUGCUUCGGCAACCCGUACCAUCGCGAAUAACUACCACGAGCUAUCCCACCACCAUCAGGAGGGCCACCAUCUACAGCAGCAUCCGCCGCAGCAUCAUUUCAGUUCGCGCGGUCCAGCGGCCGCCGGUCUCCGAUCGAACCGAUCGCGUCCGGUAAACGUUCCCCAGGCUUCAGCACAAAUACUCCACCCCACAUUGCAAAAUGGGAGCGGUGGGAAGUUUCUCUCUUCAUCAUCACCCUCACUAGUGUCGCAACAGCAGCAUCCUUCGCAGCGCAUGCACCAUCCCGAGCCACCAUACCAUCUAGAAGACUAUGGAAAUAACGUCUACUACGGCCACCAACAGCCGCAGCAUCAUCAGCAGGCGCGCCGGCUGUCGCUGGAAAGUCAACACCACCCGGCCCAGUUGGGUUCGCCGGCGAUGGACUGCUUGUCGAUCAUGGGAAACGCGAUCGCACCGGAGCUGAAACCGAAAGUGCCGACCAUGAGCGAGAAAGACCUCACCCGAAGGCACCACCCGUGCUACACACGUACCCAGCCUUACUUCUCCUAGAGACCGCCGUCGCGACCGGUCGUGGGCCGCGUUCCGAUCGGAACACCUGCCUGCCUGCCUGCCGGACCGGGGAUCAGCACAUUUGCAGUGCAGUCUUACACAAGACUCUCAAUCAUGGCACCAACAAAUUAGUGGGCAAAUUUUAAGAAUUGGCGAUCGG